CUUACGUCCCAUCAUUCCCGUUUCCUUGUGCCGACGAUAAUCUAUUCGUCCGGCGAAGCUAUUCCCCUUUCUCUUCAAAUCUUUUAGCGAGCAGCUCUCAUCGCCAUGCCUCUCUGAAUCUUGUCUCUCUCCGUCGUGAUCGAGCUUGCCUUCUCUAUUUUCUCCGAUGAAAUGUGAUUUCUGAUCUCCGUUCAUUUCAAAUCGACGGCGAUCGCUGUAUUUAUUGGUCGGAUUAGUGUGAAUUUAUUAGGGCCGUGUGGAUAGCUUUGAUCAAUGUGUAAGCGCUUGACGAAAUAGUUGGUCUUCGUGUUGAAAUCUCAGAAGUUUGUUUGCUUUUGUUUGACUUUUGAGAUUGAUGCUGGAUCUCAAUCUCGACGUCGACUCGGCUGAGUCUACUCAGAACGGACGAGAUUCAGCUGCUGUGAAGCGGGUUUCUGGUGCUAUUUUGAAUCAGAUGGAUGAAUCGGUGACGUCGAACUCUUCGGUAGUCAAUGCCGAGGCGUCCAGCUGCAUCGAUGGUGAGGAGGAGCUGUGCUCCACACGCGCCGUCAAGUUUCAAUUUGAAAUACUGAAGGGAGGAGGCGGUAAAGGGGAAGAAGAAGAAGAAGAAGAAGUAGAAGAAAGAAGUGCGGUGAUGACCAAGGAGUUUUUCCCUGUUGCUAAAGGCGAUGGAGAAGGCAUGUAUUUUCUGGAUUCGAGCGCACAAAGUUCCAGGUGCCCCGUUGAUAUCUCCUUCCAGAGGGGGAACCUAGGCGGAGACUUUCCCGGCGGCGAUUCUGCGCCGGUGAUGCAGCCACCUUCGCAGCCGGUGAAGAAAAGCAGGAGAGGACCUAGGUCAAAGAGUUCGCAGUAUAGAGGCGUCACUUUCUACCGGAGGACAGGCAGAUGGGAAUCGCAUAUCUGGGAUUGCGGUAAACAAGUUUAUUUAGGUGGAUUUGACACUGCCCAUGCUGCAGCUAGGGCGUAUGAUCGAGCUGCUGUCAAGUUCAGGGGUCUGGAGGCUGACAUCAAUUUCAUUAUCAGCGAUUAUGAAGAGGAUCUCAAGCAGAUGGCAAACCUUUCCAAAGAGGAAGUUGUGCAAGUACUUCGGCGACAGAGCUCUGGUUUCUCAAGGAAUAAUUCGAGAUAUCAAGGAGUUGCUUUGCAAAAGAUUGGUAAUUGGGGAGCUCAAAUGGAACAGUUUCAUGGAAAUAUGGCUUGUGACAAGGCAGCCAUAAAAUGGAAUGGAAGGGAAGCUGCUUCCUUAAUUGAGCCUCAUGCAUCCCGGAUGACUCCCGAGGCAGCUAAUGUUAAGCUCGACCUCAACUUGGGAAUCUCUCUUUCACUGGGAGAUGGUCCAAAGCAAAAAGAUAGGGGUCUCCGGCUUCACCAUGCCCCUAACAGUAUCGUAUGUGGAAGGAACUCCAAGAUGGAGAACCACAUGGCUGCAACGACAUGUGAUACGUCUUUCAAUUUCUUGAAGAGAGGUUCUGAGCAUCUUAUUAACCGGCAUGUCCUUCCUUCUGCGUUCUUUUCACCCAUGGAAAGAACACCAGAGAAAGGUUUUAUGCCACGUUCUCAUCAAAGCUUCCCAGCCAGGACAUGGCAAGUGCAAGAUCAGUCUAGUAGUGGAACCGCCACAACAGCUACGGCAUCGCCUCUGUUCUCAAAUGCAGCAUCAUCAGGAUUCUCACUAUCAGCUACACGCCCGCCUUCUUCAUCCACUGCUACGCUUCAUCCUUCUCAUCCCUUCCUCAAUCUGAAUAUGCCCGGUCUAUAUGUCAUCCACCCAUCUGAUUACGCAUCUCAACAACACCAUCCCCAUCUCAUGAACCGCUCACAACCACCACCAUAGGCAUACCUGCUUCAUCCGCCAAAUUCAAGGUUCUAAACAGCCUUGGAGUUGGAAUAACUUGAACCCGACCGAGGAAGGCCACUAUGAUGAUUUCUCCCAAAACUAUUGCGCUAUAUUUGCCAUUGUUUGGUUUCCCUUCUUCUUUUGAUUUGUAACAUAAAGUGAGGGCUAAGAACAAAACAGAAACCCAAACCCAUUUGUAUUUUUACUACAUUGUCUCCGAAAUUAAUCGGACCGGAAGGACGACCUUGUUCAAACAAUGUUAAGUACAAUGCAAUCUAUUUGUAUGAAGA